GAAUACUCUCACGAAAAAGACCGUCGAUGAUUUCAAGCUCGAAAACAAUGAUAAGCAACGCGAGAGAACAGUGCAGCGCACGAAAAAAUUGGGUCGAUGCGCGGAAGAUGGCGGCCGCUGCGUGGUGCGCGUAAGAGGGCUCGUAGUCUGGUUUUGUCAAAAAACAUGAAAGAACUACGGUAAGGUACGUUAACACGUGCAGAACGCGACCUGUCGUACGAGCACCGGCGUGAGAACGCCGCAUUCGCGGACCCGUGUCGGCUCGUCUCGCAAUCGCGGGGGUGUUACCGUUUGUUUACGAUAAACGCGCGGCAGUAAAGAAGCCCUCACCUUGCGGUUUUCGGCUGCCGUCGAUUCUCGAUUCUCACAGCGAGCAGGUACCGCGCUCGCGACUUGCGUUUCGCGAGGCGGAGUGGAGUGGAAAAUACACAGAGCGGGGUAAAGGAACACACAGCGGGGACGUGAGACUGGAGAUAAAGUGUUGCCGGACUUCGGCCCGGUGAGAAGACCCGUAGAGAUGCUGAAGCAAUUGCAGAUGGGGAUGAGAGCUUUCCUCUUAAUGGCCUCCCGUGUGUGGACCUGCAUCUGCUUUCUACUCAAGAAGCAGGUUAGAGCCAUUUCACAAAUGCAACCGGUCAAAUAUGAGAUCUUCCCGCUUUCACCUUUAUCUAGGCACAGACUUAGUAUAGUUAAAAGAAAAGUAUUAGUAUUGGAUUUAGACGAAACAUUAAUUCACUCUCAUCACGAUGGAGUGGCAAGGCCAACUGUCAGGCCUGGUACACCUCCAGAUUUUGUUCUUAAAGUGACGAUAGAUAGACAUCCUGUUAGAUUUUUUGUCCAUAAGAGACCACACGUAGAUUUUUUCUUGGAUAUUGUAAGUCAGUGGUACGAGCUCGUAGUCUUCACUGCAUCCAUGGAAAUAUAUGGGGCAGCAGUUGCGGAUAAACUAGAUAACAACAGAGGUAUCUUAAGGCGCAGAUAUUAUAGGCAACAUUGUACACCAGAAAUGGGUUCCUAUACCAAGGAUUUAUCGGCAAUCUGUUCAGAUCUCUCUUCAGUCUUUAUUCUUGAUAACAGCCCAGGAGCCUACAGAGCCUAUCCACAUAACGCAAUACCUAUAAAAUCAUGGUUCAGUGACGCGGGAGACACCGCUUUAUUAAGCUUACUUCCAGUCUUGGACGCUCUCCGCUUCACGCAGGAUGUACGAUCUGUUCUUUCAAGAAAUUUACACUUGCAUCAUACUUGGUAGCAUAGCCGAGAUUGAGCGAUGCACUAGAUAUUCUAGAGAAGAAACUGCUAGCAGUUUCAGUUAAUGUGUCUAGCCUAGGAUUAUUAUUGUUAUUGAUAAUAGCAACAUUAGGUCGCUGCCCGUAUAAUGAGAGACAAUGAAAGAGCUCUCUUCCUCAGUCUUUGUUUUUCUAUACUCGACGGAACAGCGGCGAGUAAAUACCAAGAGGAGUGGUAUUCAGCCAAUAAUUAUGUCAGCACAAAACAUCCUAGGAUAAUCCUUUAUGUUGUACAGCCCAUGUGUGCGAAAACGUAAGGCGAAUUUCUUUACUUUUCCUGUUACGUAAGCCUUUGCCAAAGACCAAGGUACAGAAAUAAGAUAAGAGCCCACGAUAGUCGGCAGGAUUUUUCAUUUUAGGUAAGAUAUUACUUAAAGUUUUUAUUUAUGUAUUUUUUUGAUGGCACAUCAUGGACAAAAGAUAAGUAAUCGAAAUGAAGAACUUUCGUUACUAUAUUAUUAACCUAGGAUGUAUAUAGAGAGAUGUACUAAGUCAUACGUCAGAUUUCGCUGUAACUCACUGUAUCAGUGAGGCAGCAGGUCCUGGUUAUAUAUCUAAAAAGAAAAAGAAGUAUUAAUAUAAAACCAGGAAAGAGUGACACAUCUGUUUUCGUCAAAACUUUUGCGAAAUGGAAUAUUACAUGUAUGCAAUUACGAUCUGUAAUGCUGAUUGCGUUGAUACUACACGCAUUCUAACAAAGGGAGCUCAUGAAACAUAAGUCACCGAUACUUUUGGCAUUCUCCGAGUGAAAUAAUUGCAAUUAAAUAGAUGUUGUAGAAGCCAAAUGAUGAAGAAUGAUAGAGAAAUUUGAUUGUAAAAGCACAAGGUUCAAAUAUUCUUUGAUCAUUAGCAUCAAGUGUUGCAGAGUUUAGAAUAUAAGCUAUUUUUAAGCAAAAUAAUGUAGAAUUGAAACAAAUCGUUCUAUAUAUUUUUUCUUCAUAUCCAGAUAUUUUAGGAUGCGUCUUUAUUGCUAAAUAUAUUGAAAUAAAUAAUUUCUUGUGCAUAACAAAUAAUAGAAUAAAAAUAAUAAAAUAUAAAUAAUACAAGAUAAAUAAUAUAACAAAAUAAUAGUAUAUAUAAAUAAAAAAAAAUUUAUAUUACCGUAGAAAACGUUUUCAUAAAACUGAAAUGUUACCGCAAAUCAUACAAAGGGGAAAAUGUUAUAAUUUAAUUUAUGACAUUUUCUUUUUUCUCUUGUAUAUAUGUUAUAUUUAAAUUUGUAUUAUUUUAUAAUAAAACAUUUAACUAUUAGAUUUAUUAUAAAAAUUACAGUAUAUGAUUAUACUAUACUCUUGCUAUAAACUAUAACAUAUUUACUAUGUAUAUAAGGUAUGUGUAUAUAUGAUACCGCACUAUUAUUAUUUUCUUUAAUUAUUGCUCAAAAAUAUGCGAAAAAUAUAUAAAGAACGAUUCGAGUUUCAAUCCUACAUUCUCUUAUUAUUGCAACUUUAUAGUUAAAAAAUAGAACUUUAACUACAAUGUUCAAUUAUGACGAUUAUAUGCAAUCAAUAUAUGAAUAUUAAAUCGAAUGUAUGAUCAAAUUUUUCUGUAUAAUGCUCAAGUAACGCGCUUUCUCAUUUAUAAAGUUGAUUGCAACUAUAGUAUUCAGCUACACUCCCAAAAGAAAUCGAGUUGUAUACAUUGUGAGCUCCCUUUUAAGUGAGAUAAUAGCAAGAUAAUAAACUUACACACAUACACGCGCAGAACGCGCGUAUACAUGCUCACCACACACACAUACAUAUACAUACAUAAGCCUGUGUACUUUGUUCGCUUGUUUCAUCAUAUUACAGUAAUAUCGGAUAUGAUACAAUUUGUACAUAUUACUUGGGAUGUAUUUGAGAAAUGUAGCGUGACUGAUUUUUGUAUGAAUGACCGGUAUAAAUAAGUUAUAUAAAU